ACAGAUGUGCGUAACACUUACCGUUGCACACCUUAUGUUCAUUUUGACAAUUCUAGAAAGCUAGGAUGGAAAAUUAAAGGUGUCUUUACAAGAGUCUGUCGGUGCUGAAAAUGACUCACAUGGAAGGAAAGCGAAACGCAAACAUUGUUCAGCGGUCUUCAGAUGAAUUUUACCCAUAAUCCUUUGUGGUGUGAAAAGCGGAAAACCUGUUUAAGGCGCGAAAAGAAAGCAUGUCGGGUCACAAUGGUGGACAAUGAUUACUUCAUUUGAAAAGAUCGUUUGUAAGUUUAGUAUUUGUACACUUGUGGAGAAGUUGUAACAUGGAUGACAGCCUUAUCGCCUCGCUCUUCCUCUUAAAUUCUUCAAGUUCAAGCACCGGUUACUGUUCCGCUUUAGACGAAGUGGAGAGAAGAGAUUGUAAACUUCCCGAAGUCAUUUGUAUUGAGGAUUCACCGUUAGAUGUUUCAAGCACUGUCAAUGAACAAACACCUACUAUAACGCCUUGUUCCUCCGUCUUUGAGGAUGGAGACGAUCAAGAAGACGCAUCAAGCGUACAAGAAGUAUUUAUAUCUUCUGUUGUUAACUCUUCGCGCCCUCCAGUCGUACAUAUUCAAGAUGAUGAGGUUUCGACAACAAAUUCGGCUUCCUGUGAAACUUUAGACGACCUUAAUCUACAGGAAACUACUGAGAAGGUUAACACUUGGCAAGGGACAAAUGAACAAGAGCCUUCUACUACGUCCAGUACAGAAGUACGUCUAAGAGAUUUCACCCUCCCCUGCUUAGAGACAAUAGCUUCACUGAAGUCACGCUACGAAUCAAAGUACGAGUUGCAUUUGAAACUCCGAAAGGUUGCCGGAUGCAGGAAUAAAUCUUUUCGUAGAAAGUUGUAUAAAUACAAGAAGGACUUACAUCAACAGCUUGACGAUUGGGAAGCUUAUCUGAAUGAGCAGAGUGGGAAUGAGGCGUACAUUGCUGUGGAGAAUGUCGUUGAUAACGAGGGCCCCCCUCAGGACUUCACGUACGCCACCAAAAAUAAAUUACACAAAGACAUUCCAAGCCACUUGUUUGAUGUUGAUUAUCUUGUUGGGUGCAACUGUGAGCGGAUUUGUACAAUGGACACUUGUGAUUGUCCGAGGAACAGUGGGGGGGUGUUUGCAUAUGACAGAAAUGGGAGGGUACAAGUUAAACCAGGAACGCCGAUAUAUGAGUGUAACUCACGUUGCCCUUGUGGUCUGUCAUGUAGAAACCGUGUAAUACAGUGUUCAUGUCCUGAACAGGUGGCUAUUUUUCGUACUCCAAAUGGCUGUGGGUGGGGUGUCAAGACAAUGGAGCUCAUUGAAAAGAACCAGUUGGUGACUGAAUAUGUCGGCGAGGCCAUCACUCAGGAGGAGGCUGAAGAAAGAGGGAAAAUUUAUGACAGCUGUGGACAGACAUACUUGUUUGAUCUGGACUUCAAUGAAGGAGAAUGUUUAUACACUUUAGAUGCAAAGAAGUAUGGUAACAUAUCACACUUUAUCAAUCACUCGGUAAGGGUCUUUUCUUUCAAGUUUUCUAAUAAAUUAUUUCACAGACAAAGGGGCCAGUUUUGUGUCACAUGCAGAGGCUAAAGAUCUAGAUUGCAUAAAGCUAUGUUAUUUCAUUAAUUGUAAUACAUCAACAAACUAUUUUUUAAGAU